UUCCGCACAAAACAGAAGUGGAAUUCUACCUGAUGAUGAACUGCUUAACGCAGAAAGACGACUUCCAGAAACGGGGAUGAAGAUACGAAGUUGCAAAGGUCACUGAAAGCUGAAGUAUCCUUGGACAACGAUGAAGGAAUUUUGGAUUAGGAUUUAAAGACACCCCAGUUUCAUCAUAGUUGACUUCAGAGUUACUCAUUUGACUGAUCUCCUUUUUCUCAGCAGUUUCCACUUUAUCAUCCGUGUCAUCCUCACAAUCCUCAUCAGCAUCAUUAAGGCGGCUUAUCACCUCAUCGCACAUCAUCAUGAUGAUGAACAUUAAUGGUACAGAGUCCUGGCUUUUCAUCAACACUUCCUUUAAUACACCUCAAAUAUCGGGUCCAGCAAACACAAGUGGUAUGGAAAGAUAUCUUCAAAGACUGGCACAUUUAGAUGAGGGGCUCUACAAUGACUUCUAUGGCCUUUGGAUUGCACUGGUGGUGAUAAACUCCCUUAUUUUCCUGGUGGGCAUGGUGCUCAACAUAGUUGCACUUUAUGUUUUCUGUUUCCGCACCAAGCAAAAGACCACCUCAGUCAUCUACACCAUCAACCUGGCCGUGAGUGACCUCUUGGUGAAUCUCUCUCUACCGACUCGCAUCCUGCUCUACUACAGUGGAGGAGCUUGUAUCACCUGCUCAUAUCUGCAUAUCUUCAGCUACUUUGUCAACAUGUACUGCAGUAUCCUGUUUCUAACCUGCAUAUGCGUCGACCGGUACCUUGCCAUUGUGCAGGCUGAAGCCUCUCGUCGCUGGAGGAACUCCAGUGUGGCCAAAUGUGUUUGCAUUUCUGUAUGGCUGUUUGCCAUUGUGGUUACCUACUCCUUUCUUUCCACCGCUUUUCAGCACACAGGCUGCUGUCUCUCAAAGCUCCUCUUUCUCACCAUCACUGAGUUCUUUCUACCACUUGUCAUCAUUGUGGUCUUCACUUUGCGCAUUAUGUGGGCCUUAACAGACCGUCGUCUGAUGCAACAGAGCAGGGAUAGGAGAAGGAAAGCUGUCCAGCUGUUGACAACUGUGCUGAUCAUCUUCACAGUCUGUUUCACACCCUUUCAUGUUAGACAGGUGGUGGUAUACUUCUACCCUGACAUGCCUCACCAUGUGAUAGUGUACCAUCUAACUGUCACCCUCAGCAGUUUGAAUAGCUGUAUGGAUCCUGUUGUCUACUGUUUUGUUACAAAUAAUUUCCAGGCCACUAUGAGACAUCUUUUCCGCCGCGCAGAGCCCAAGCAGACCAGUGGUGACAUUGUCAGUAUGCAGCACAGCUCUAAAGCCUCAGCAGGGACGGACAACGCCAUGACUAAUAAUGUUAUAUUGAUGACCAAGAUUCUCAGAUCACUGCCGAGCAGCAACACAGGAAAGGACCGCACACUGUAAAAUCUUUUACAAAGGGUGCAUAAAACUAUAAGUUAUAGGGAUGGCACAGUUAAAGUUCUGAGUUCUGCAACUUGCUGACCAGCAGAACUCAACACAGACACUCAGUGCUGCCAUUGUUUUUUUCAAUGAUGAGCGCCAACACAAUAACAUGCAGAUAUUCACAUGUAUAUGAUAUUCACACCAAGAAAC